CUUAUACUAACCAGUCCGAAAAAGUGAAAACCUUAAACCUUAUGCGACGGUGCUACAGAUUCAGAGAAUAGUGGGAACCCCGUUGCGUCAGCGUAAAGCCUCAAAGCCGAGCACAAUCGACACAGCGCGAUACUAAGAUGCCAAAGGUAAUGACAAACCGUGUUACGUAUCCAGAGGGCUGGGAAUUAAUUGAACCUACACUCCGUGAACUUCAAGCAAAGAUGAGGGAAGCUGAGAAUGAUCCACAUGAUGGUAAAAGAAAAUGUGAAACACUAUGGCCUAUAUUUAAGAUUGCACAUCAGAAGAGCCGCUACAUAUUUGACCUCUACCAUCAGAGGAAGGAAAUUUCUAAAGAAUUGUAUGAAUUCUGUUUAGAGCAAGGAUAUGCCGAUCGAAAUCUAAUUGCAAAAUGGAAGAAGCCUGGUUAUGAACGUUUAUGUUGCUUGAGUUGCAUGCAGCCACGCAAUCACAAUUUUGCCACCACUUGUGUUUGCCGUGUGCCCAAGCAACUCAGGGAAGAGAAGGUUAUAGAGUGUGUUCAUUGUGGUUGUAGGGGCUGUUCAAGUGGGGACUGAUUGACCAUUAAUUCUAGUAUCACAAGUUUUUUCUUAGAAUUAUUUUGUUUCUGCUUUUAGCUUUGUAUUGUCUGCAGCCCUCAUGAUGUUCAACUUCUUGUACUGCUAACUUCUUGUAAUGUGACAGUAGUUAAUUUAAGUGCUUAGUUCACAAUCUGACUGGACUUCUGUACUUCAACAUUGA